AUGAGGAUAGGUCAUCCAAAGGCCAGCGACGGUGAAUCACGUCGUGACCAGGAGUGCGGACGUCCCCAGCCCAGCGACGGCGGGUCGCGCGGUGGGCCACUGAUAGAGGAAGGCAACUGGAUCUAUGGGCUAAACGACAGCUGCAGCAAUCGCUCUCCACCAUCCCUUCCUGCCGCCUGCCGCCUUGCUGCAAGCAUAUCAAUUGUGUGCACGCUUAUUAAAUUAUGUGUUUCCGCAAUGCAUGUUCAGAUGGAUAGAAGUUGGGUGCACAUCACACUAUUUUCUACUCAAUAUGUCAAUGGUGUCAAAGAAUUUAUGGAUUUCAUUAAAGAAAAAUAUGCUAAGGAUGAUCAGAUUCUCUGCCCAUGUACUAGAUGCCUUAAUCAGAAGUACCUGCAUCAGCCCAAUAUGAAGAAUCACAUUUUGAUGAAUGGCAUGGACUGUACAUAUACUCGGUGGGUACAUCAUGGAGAGGACAUUAGUGUACAUGUUAAUGAAGUCCCUGCUUCUGUUCCUGUUUUUGACACUGAUGAGGGUUCCAUUGGUGUGGCUGAGAAUGACAACAAUGGUGGUGAUCGGAGAGUUUGUUUGUGGGAUUUGGAGUAUUGGAAAAUUUUAAAGGAUCAAAUGGAAAACAAGCUGUCCGGACAUGCAGAAGAUGAAGAGGCCCCUUCCGUGACAGAGAUAGUUGCUGGUGUGCUUGCUGAGAACACCAAGGAAACCACAUUUCUGCAGAAUGUGGGGAUUCAGAGCAAAAAGAAAGGCACACUUAAAGAGCAACUAGCUGCAGAGAAGUUGGCAAAGGCUGGGCUCAAAUCGCAAAUGGAAGAGUUGUCGAAGAAACUACAAGAAUUUGAGCAAGCAAGGUUGACAGACAAACAGGAGAUGGCAAGGAACCAAGCUGAGACUAAUGCAAAACUUGACCUUCUGUUAAGUCAGAUUGGACACACCUAG